GUUCGCUAUUCCACCAUCUCCUCUCUUUAGCUCAUUUUGGACAAUCCGUGUCCCUAUUUUCUCUUGGUUCAUUAGGGAAUUACAAUUCUCUGUUGAUCCAUCAUGAGCUCCCUGAGCCUGCGGAGCCUAGCUCCUGCAUCCAAGGUUUCCCGCAUUUUGCGGGAUCAGAGACGUCUGUUCUCUUCUUCAAGGCCGGCAGCCCGGAUUUGGUCCAACCAGCCUCUGCGCGCUAAGGAGUCCAGCGGAUACCUGACCGACAAGUACCCCAUCAUUGACCACGAGUACGAUGCCGUCGUUGUCGGUGCCGGUGGUGCCGGUCUGCGCGCCGCCUUCGGUCUGGCUGAGGCCGGAUUCAACACUGCCUGUGUUUCCAAGCUAUUCCCUACGAGAAGUCACACUGUUGCUGCCCAGGGUGGUAUCAAUGCUGCCCUUGGAAACAUGCACGAGGAUGACUGGAGAUGGCACAUGUACGAUACCGUGAAGGGUUCCGAUUGGCUUGGUGACCAGGACGCUAUUCACUACAUGACGCGUGAGGCCCCGGCCAGUGUUCGCGAGCUUGAGGGUUACGGUUGCCCCUUCUCCCGUACCGAGGAUGGACGUAUCUACCAGCGUGCCUUCGGUGGUCAAUCUAAGGAGUUCGGUAAAGGUGGCCAGGCCUACCGUUGUGCCGCUGCCGCUGACCGUACCGGUCACGCUCUUUUGCACACCCUUUACGGACAGUCUCUUCGCCACAAUACCAACUACUUCAUCGAAUACUUCGCUCUCGACUUGCUGAUGGAGGACGGCGAGUGCCGUGGUAUCAUUGCCUAUAACCAGGAGGAUGGUACCCUGCACCGCUUCAAGGCCCACCACACCGUUCUGGCCACCGGUGGUUACGGACGUGCCUACUUCAGUUGUACCUCGGCUCACACUUGCACUGGUGAUGGUAUGGCCAUGGUCGCCCGUGCUGGUCUUCCUAACCAGGAUCUGGAGUUCGUCCAGUUCCACCCUACUGGUAUCUACGGUGCCGGUUGUCUGAUCACCGAGGGCUCCCGUGGUGAAGGUGGUUACCUCCUGAACUCCGAGGGUGAGCGUUUCAUGGAACGCUAUGCUCCUACCGCCAAGGAUCUGGCUUCCCGUGACGUUGUCUCCCGUUCCAUGACCCUCGAGAUCCGUGAGGGCCGUGGUGUCGGUCCCGAGAAGGACCACAUCUACCUGCAGCUCAGCCACUUGCCCGCCGAGCUCCUCCACGAGCGUCUGCCCGGUAUUUCCGAGACUGCCUCUAUUUUCGCCGGUGUUGAUGUCACCAAGCAGCCCAUUCCCGUCCUCCCCACCGUCCACUACAACAUGGGUGGUAUCCCCACCAAGUACACUGGUGAGGUUAUUGACGUGGAUGAGAAGGGCCAGGAGAAGGUUGUUCCCGGUCUGUACGCCUGUGGUGAGGCCGCCUGUGUGUCUGUCCACGGUGCUAACCGCCUGGGUGCCAACUCCCUGCUUGAUCUGAUUGUCUUCGGUCGUGCUGUCUCUCACCGUGUCCGUGACAUUGCCACCCCCGGUAAGCCCCACAAGGAGCUCGCCUCCGAUGCUGGUGCUCAGUCCAUCAAGGACCUCGACUUUGCCCGCACCGCCGAGGGCCCCAAGUCCACUUUCGAUGUCCGCAACGCCAUGCAGAAGGCCAUGCAGACUGAUGUUAGCGUUUUCCGUACCCAGGAGAGCUUGGAUGAGGGUGUUCAGAGGGUCAACGAGAUCGACCAGUGGUACUCCCAGGUCGGCACCAAGGACCGCUCCAUGAUCUGGAACACUGACCUUGUUGAGACCCUUGAGCUCCGUAACCUGCUGACUUGCGCUACCCAAACCGCUACUUCCGCCGCUGCCCGUAAGGAGUCUCGCGGUGCCCACGCCCGUGAGGACUACCCCGACCGUGACGAUGAGAACUGGAUGAAGCACACUCUUUCCUGGCAGAAGGAGGCCCACGGUGAAGUCAAGCUCGGCUACCGUGCCGUCGAGGCCAACACCCUGGAUGAGAGCGAGUGCAAGGCCGUGCCGCCUUUCAAGCGUACCUACUAAGCUCGCUAUUUGGGGAAUUGACCCACAGAGAAUUUGGAGGAUACCACGGAGUUGUCGCAAAUGGACCCUAUCAACGCCCUUUCCCAGCCUCAUGGAUUUGAGGUGAAAGUAGGGCUUGUGGCGUCGAGGGGCCCCGUUUCAAGGGGAUGAACCCAUGCAAAAGACCAUGUUUUUUAUUUGACUGUGUUACUUACCAUCUUGUAUAGCCAUAUUAUUUUCCUUUAUUUCAACAGGCGAAGAGUUGUACUGGGUGCUUUUUUUCCUCAGUUUGUUUCACAUUGGAUUUUUAAUCUUGCCCUCAUCCCGUAGUUCUCCACGUGCCCGUCCUUUGUCGGGUCUUGGCUCGAGUCAACAAAGAAAGCGUUGAACCCUGACUGAUUUUGGAUCUGAUAUUGUUGCAGCAAACACUGACAGACGCUGUUGAUUUGCCCUAAUGCACAUUUCGGGGAUAU